AUCCAUGAAUUGAUUGGUGAAAUAUGUUCUGACAUAAAAAUUUUACUAAUCAAAUUUCUCCCAACUUCCACAAAGUUGCUUAAAUAGCAUGCAGCAAAAACGUUCCAGAAAAUCUAUUCGUGACUUCAGUGACUUGCUACGGCUAGAGUUAGAUUAUAGAAAUCAAUAGCCGGAAGUUAAUUAGUAAACAUUUCUAAGGUCAACCGGUUGAUCUUAUCAGCUUUAAUCAUGGGUGUUGUUCAUGCCAAAGAACCUCCUCAAAUGAGAAAAUUAGGCCAGGAGGAAUGGAAACCUCUGGAUGAAGUUCCUGCCCGUGUUGAUAAAGUUCGAUUUGAAGGAAUUGGCAAAACUAAAAAUGAUGUCCUGAAAUAUGUUAUUGGUGAUUUAUUGCAUGCAAAAAACAUGGAAGAAGUAGUUCUUAAAGCUCACGGAGCACGACAACAGUUAGAAUCUUUGGAAGCUUUCGAUCGCAUCGACAUCAUUUUGGACACGAGCCGUGGUAAAGACGCUUCUCCUGAUGGCUUUGAAGUUACUUUUGAUUUGAAAGAAAAACGUUCUUUUCGAGGCGGAGGAGACGUUGUAUUUGAAACUGGAAGCAAUGAACCAAAUCUUAUGUUUAAAAUUCUUUCUCCCAACAUGCUUGGAAGAGGAGAAUCUCUAUCUGCCCAAUUCAAUUAUGGCAAGAAAAAUUUAGGUUUCAACAUAGAAAACACUAAACCUUUCUUACAUUGGGCCAAACCAAAAUUGAAGCAAUCUGUUUUUGGUUCGACUUACGAUAACAUAUGGAGUGCCUACCAAGAAAAAAUCAAAGGGAUUGGAUUUGAGUGUUUGUUUGAAUCCUACCCUCAAGUUGUUCAUACUUUGCGUUGGGAGGGAGUAUGGAGAGAUCUGAAGUGUCUUUCUCCUUCAACGCCAUUUUUAAUCAGAGAAGACACUGGACACAGCGUCAAAUCCUCUUUAAAACAUAUCUUGUCUUUCGAUCAAAGAGAUGAUGCACUUCUUCCAUCGAGAGGGAGCUACUUCCAUUUGUUUCAAGAAUACGCCGGAUUGGGAGGAAGUGUGAACUUCGUGAAAAAUGAAAUACAUUAUCAAGUCAAUAAGUGCAUUUUAGGGGAUUUAGUAUUACAACUUAGUUUCAUGGCUGGUUUGGUGAAAUCUAUUGGUGCUGAUAGUUCUGUAAAAAUAAAUGAUAGAUUUUUCUUAGGAGGACCAUUAUCAGUGCGAGGAUUUGCGCAGAAUGGUGUUGGUCCUCAAACACAAGAUUUCUCUUUAGGGGCUGAAGCCUAUUGGGCUGCUGGCUUACAUGCAUACACACCAUUACCGUUUCGCCCACUCCCUGAAUUCUUCAACAAAUUUUGUCGAUCACAUUUCUUUUUGAAUACUGGGAAUAUAGGCAACUUUGCCUUUACUGAUGACUAUCACCAUAAUACCAUGGUAUUACUCUCAGGAUUAAGAUGGUCCUGUGGAAUGGGACUAGCUGUUUCUCUAGCAGGGAUUGCUAAAUUAGAAAUAAAUUAUACUGUUCCCUUGUCCAGCCAACAUGGAGACAGAUUAAAUGGGGGAUUACAGUUUGGUAUAGGAUUUAAUUUUCUGUAAUUAGUUGCUAAUCUAAAGAGUAAUUUAAUAACGGAAUUAGUGAAGUGAAGCAAAGAUUAUUUCAAUAUUAAAAAUAUUCUUAAUUUGUUUUGAGUAUUAAUUCUGAUGAAAUUGUUUUCUCUGUUGAUUUCUGCAUUGUCUUAGCAAGUAAAUUGAUUUACCACACCUAUAAAGCUUAUUGAUUUGUUAUCAGAGAUUUAAAUAAAAUAAAAUUUAAAAAGCA